CGCAUGCGCAUGCGCAGUUCCGCUCUGAUCACUAAGCAACGCAGCGUCAACCAACAUACCUAAAGCAGCGCCUUGUGCCAAAUGUCUGGUUAUUCGCACUAAUAUGUGGUUAUUCUGACAUGAGAUUUCAUUAUUUACACCGCAGAUUGGUGUGAACUGCAGUUAUAACUGCAGCAAACCAGCACUAAAAAAAAACAAGCUUUUUAUGUCCUCGCAAGCCUUUGACUGAGUGUUUACAGACGACGAACCACCAGCAUGUCGGCGCACUGCAGCUGAGCCCUCUGAGCUUUGAACAUUUUGCUUUGAACAGAGUCACUGAUAUCUAAACUAAAAAAAGGCCAAUGGGGCUCUUCGACAAGCUGGCUGGAUGGCUGGGCCUGAAGAAGAAGGAGGUGAACGUGCUUUGUUUGGGUCUAGAUAACAGCGGAAAGACCACCAUCAUCAAUCAGCUGAAGCCGUCCAACGCUCAAGCACAAGACAUCGUUCCCACUAUAGGAUUUAGCAUAGAGAAAUUCAAGACAUCAAGUCUGUCGUUCACGGUGUUUGACAUGUCAGGCCAAGGCAGGUAUAGAAACCUAUGGGAGCACUAUUACAAGGAAGGACAGGCCAUCAUAUUUGUCAUCGACAGCAGUGAUAAGCUAAGAAUGGUGGUUGCCAAAGAAGAGCUGGAUACUCUGCUUAACCAUCCUGAUAUAAAACACAGGAGGAUCCCCAUCCUGUUCUUUGCUAAUAAAAUGGACCUAAGAGAUGCUCUGUCUUCAGUAAAGGUCUCUCAGCUUCUCUGCCUGGAGAACAUCAAAGACAAACCCUGGCACAUCUGUGCCAGUAACGCUGUCCAGGGGGAGGGUCUACAGGAGGGAGUCGACUGGCUGCAAGAUCAAAUCCGAACCAUGAGAACAUGAAACGCUCGUAGAAUCCAGAGAACCACCAUCACGCCCCCGAUUCCACACCGAAACCCACCCCCCUUCACAGGGCACGCUGGGCCGUCAGUUCAAUAAGCUCAGGGGUUUCGAGAUGCUUUCAGCCCUUUGCACAAAAGAUUUGUUUUUUUUUUUUUGUUUUUUUUUUUGCACCUUUGUAGAUCGUUUGUCUUAAAAAUAUUUGGCAAAUUAGCUCAGUUUCACUAGUUGUACUAGUGUGUUUAAAAUAUAAUAAAUGUGCACAUAAAUACAUUAUUAUAUUCAGCUGACAAAGGUUGAACUUUUUUUUAGAGAAAGCUGAGCAAAACAGACCACAAACAAGUCCUAUAUUUAUGAUGUCACAUCAGAUUACCAUAAAUUUAAUUGUCAAGAGCAGGGGAAAAUGUACACGUUACCAUACAACGUCUAUUCCGCUUAUUCAUGUUAUUCUUAUUCUUAUGAUUAUUUUUAAUGUGGUUUAUUUUUAACUGCUUUAUUUUAUUCAGAAUUCCCAACCACAAACACACACUAAAGAUUGUAUUUGACAUGA